ACCACUGUAGAUGAAGGUGUAGCGAGCACCUGCUUGUAUUGAGUUUGCAAAAUUGAAAACCAAAACACCUCUGAUUAAUGAGAUAAAUAGAUAGAGAUUAGGUAUAAUUUAAAGUGAACAUACACACAAACACACACACACACACACAAAGAGAGAGAGAGAGAGAGAGAGAGAGAGAGAGAGAGAUUUCUGCUUUAUGAUCAGAAUGACAACUGAUGUCUUUUAUAAUGUAGGGCAUGUUGAAAGUGAUGUGACAAUGGCAGAAAAUCUGGACAAUGUCAGUAACAGUAAUGUAGAGCAGGAGAAUGAAGUAGUUGAAGGAUUUAAGCAGUUUUCCGUAAUAGCCAGAGAACUGUCAACUUCUUUAAAUGACAUGGUAACCAAGUUAAACACUAUGCUACUGUACCCCCUGGAGGCCUUCCUCAAAGGGGAUCUAAAGGGGGUAAAGGGUGACAUGAAGAAACCUUUUGAUAAAGCUGCUAAAGAAUAUGAAACCAAAUU